AUGAAGAUAGAAUUCGUUUUCUUGCUUGUGGCUUCAUUGGCACAAAUUGUGACAGCAGAUGAAGAAUGGAUUGACGAGUGCAAGAGGCAGAGUGAAAAAAUUGUCAUUCAUUCGGCUGAUGGCUACUGGAAAAACUUUUCGAGCGAUGUGACGUCUUAUCAACAGGAUGGGGUCUAUCGAAAGUUCACGUGCACUGCUGAUCCAGGCCAUUUCGCGUUUGUUCGAAUAAACGGCCAGAUGGAUUCACCGUCAGACACAAAAACUAUCGAUUGUGGAAAGAAGCGUAAAUGGUUGCACAAAGGUGAAGUCGUUGACACUGUUGGAUGCUACACGGGUCCACGGGCAAAUUGGAUCCAAAAGCCCGAAGAAGAGGAAAGGAUUCGAAAUUGGAUGACCGAGAAUCAAGGAACUGUAGAGGAUCAAAAGGAUUGGACAUGGGGCAGCACCCAGUAUGAACAACAAAAGAAAAUGCAACGAAUGGCCUCGGAAAUCCAAAAUCUUUUGGUUAACACCGAUCAUAUAAUCAGAAAGCAAGUCGCCGUUCUACCGGCAGACUAUGAAUCAGUGAUUACUUUCAAGAUGGUCUCAAUGGGA